UUAAAUGAUCUCUCUCCCCAAACCAAUACACCUCCUUCCCCAUAACCCUAAAAUUUCUCCUCCUCUUGACACAAUCUUCUUCACUGUAAAAACCCACAAUUUGAGCUCCAAUCAUACCCAUGGAGUGGGUACAUGGUGGAACAUUUUGUCAUGGAAGCUUUGGGACAGUCAAUCUUGCAAUACCCAGAAGCCAGAGCCCGUAAAUUACUCCAUUAAUGGCCGAGAAAUCUUGUGAUGCUUUGUACGCUGUUUUGUUGAUGAAUGAAAAGAUGGUAUUGGAGGAGCUUCAGGAUUGUCCGGAGAUUGUUCGUUGUUUUGGUGACAGUUUCAAUUUUGAAAAUGGCCAGAAAUUAUACAAUGUCUUGUUGGAGUACGCUUCUGGAGGUUCUUUAGCUGAUAAGCUUAAAAAUUCCAGCCAACAUCGGUUAUCAGAAUUAGACAUCCGGCGAUACACGAAGUCAUUACUAUCUUCAUCGAAGUGCCUGCCCAUUGUCCAGCACCACAUCAACAGCCCUACGAAUUACGAAUGAAUUUUUUUUUUUUUUU